AUGGAUGCGUUCGACUCGGGAUCUGAACUGAGCAGCGCUGAUGAAGAGGUGAUACAGUCUGAACCAGAGACCAAGCGAGGCAGGUCGGCCUCUAUGUCGAAGGCCAUUUCCAAUGACGCGGCAACUUCAGAGCGACGCGCCAAACGACCACGUUCAUCAUUGCCUCACGAAGAAUCACACCGACAGAGCGGCACUACUAGCGGCAGUGCAAAUCCGAACGCCGAUCCAAACAGUGUUGCCUCUGAGACAUCUAUAGAAGUUCAACGUGCCAAGCCACGUACGGCGUCUCGGACCGCGCAAGAUGCAAGCUUUGCGCACAACAUGAGUGGCUGGGACCAGUUGUUCGGUCCCAUGGCUUCUGCGGCCACUGAGCCAGCGCGGCCUAAAGACGCGACACCAGAGCAACGUGCUGCGGCCGUGGAGGCAGAAGCGGCAAAGAUGCGCGAAACACGCGCUCGAGAGGCACGUGAAAAAGCCAAAGAAGCGCAUGAACGUGCGAAAGAAGCGCAUGAGAAAGCCAAGGAACAAGAGCGCCAAGUAGCUACAGCUAUGCGUGAAGCGCGUGCGCGCAAUGCCCACAAUGGCAACAACAACAGCAGCAUUGGCACUGGUAAUGGUAAUGGCAGCAGCAGCAUUUCCCCUCUGGAACGAAGACCCCAAUCUGUGACGGCUGAUGCUUUGGCCGAAAAAAGGCGCCAACUUCGACGCGAAAUGCACGAUACCCAUUCCCUAGACCUGCUGGAACAUGGCCGCCUGAUGCAUGCGUUUGAGGAAGAAAUGGCACAUGAUAGACGUACGUUGCGUGCGUCAAAACUUGGUGCAGGCCUACAACAUUUAAAGACUUGA